GCCCAUUACUCAGCAUUUUGACCCUCUUUCGACGUCAGUAUGCCCCCUCGCCGAGUGAUUUCUGUCGACCAAAAGCGACCGCUACGAGCGCAGAAGCGACGAGAUCCUUCGUUAAGCAAUAUCACCCUUUGCGAGUGGUUCAAAUCGACAUAUCAGCAGCCAAUUGCCCUAUCUUCAGUCUCCGAGAUUCUAUCGAGUCGAUACGCCUUCCUUGAUGAUACCUCUGUUAGCCAGCGAGCCCCUACACAGCGAUCCGACCCGAAGCGACUACAACGUGAACAUUGGCCAGAGCUCAAAGACAACCUUUUUCAGUGGAUGCAAGGCGCAGAACAGCAUAUCAUGAUCUGCGCUAUCACGCUUCGCGAGAAAGCUGAGUUCUUUUGGCGGAAUCUUGAGAAAUAUCAGAACAAUAUACAGAGGCAGGAGAUCCAAAACAGGCGUCAGGUUGACAUUCGAGGCUAUUUUGGGGGGCAGAGUUGA